GAUACAGUGAAUGCGGUGAAAGUACUCUCUCCAGUCUCCCUUCAACGCGCAAUGUUGUGGAUGUUUGGAGGAGACAACGGACAGUAGUAUCUCAGCACAGAGACAACAGUGUUUUAAAGAGAGGUUUCCCACAUCUCCUCUCUCCCCCUCUACGUGGAGACCGACCACCACCGCAACCUCCACCCUUUAACCCCACUCCAUCAUGACAUCACCAGACUCUCCCCCUCUGGUCUCCCCUUCCCCAUGCCCUGCCCCCCCUCCAUCCCUUCCCUCCUCCCCCGUACCCUCCUCUCCGGCGCCGUCCUCUUCCUCCCUCCCCGCCCCACCCUCGCUGCCUCCCACGGGCGAAGUGAUGGUGCUGGCUCUGGGCAGGAAGAAGCAGAGGGUGCUGAUCGCUCUCUCCAUCCUGCCCAACCUCUUCCUGGCCUUCCUGCUCUCUUCCGACCCCCUCAUCACCCUCUCCUCGCCCCACCACUGCCACCUGCCGGGGCCCUUGCCGUCGCCCGAGGUACUGAACGCCUCCUUGCCGUGGGAGAAGGGGGAGCGGCCCGGGGACAGUGGGGGCCUGUCCCAGUGUAAGCAGUACGUCAACGGCAGCCAGUCAGCUGUGGUGGACUGCGAGGCCGGCUGGGACUACAAUGUCACAGAAGGGCUGAGGAACAACAUUGUUACUGAGUGGGAUCUGGUGUGUGGUCAGUACUGGCUGGUCCCAGUAGAGGAGGUGUGCUUCAUACUGGGCGUACUGACUGGCUGUCUGGGCCUGGGCUACGCCGCUGAUAGGCUGGGUCGGUCCAAGACUCUGCUGACCUCCCUGACCCUGUCGGUGGUGUUUGGGGUGCUGGUGUGUGUCUCUCCAUAUCCCUCCAUCUUCAUUGUCAUGCGUUUCUGUUUGGCGGCUGCCAGCGCGGGAGUCUACCUCACUCUGUACAUCACCCGCCUGGAGCUGUGCGAGCCGUCUCUGAGGCUGGUGGUCACCAUGCUGGCUGGGCUGAUGACUGUAGCCGGGGAGCUGCUGCUGCUGGCCGUGGCCCUCGGCUGCCAGUCCUGGAGGGGCCUGCUGGGAUCAGGCGCCGCACCACUAACACUCUUCCUCAGCUAUGGCAUUCCUGGGGUAUUUCCAGAGUCUCCUCGCUGGCUCCUUCUGUCAGAGCGAUCUGGGGACAUGAACUCUUUCACAGAGAGAAGAAACUCCAACAGAGAUGUGAGGGACGAUGAGAGCUUCACAGAGCUGGAUUCAGAGCCGCCCCCCUCCUCUCGCCCACACCUGUCCUUUCCCGAGCUCUUCCACAGCAGGAACAUCUGGAAGAACAUGUGUGUGCUCGGCUUCACCUCAUUCAUCUCUCACGGCAUUAGUCACUGUUACAGCUCUUUCCGAGGUGACGUCAGAGGCACCGCCCCCAGCUUCUAUUGGACCUACUUGCUGUCUGUUUGUGCAGGGGGUGGCGCCUGGCUGUUGCUCUGGGCGACCGUAGACAGGUGCGGCCGCCGUGGCAUCCUACUCCUCUCCAUGACGAUGACGGGGCUGGCCUCUUUGAUCCUCCUGGGACUCAUGGAGUAUCUCAGUGAGACAGCCAUCACUGUUUUCUCAGUGCUGGGUCUCUUCUCCUCCCAGGCCACCGCCUCCCUCUGCAUCCUCUUCACGGCAGAGAUCAUGCCCACCAUCAUCAGGGGUAGCGGCGUGGGCGCUGUGCUCGCCCUGGGCUGCGUGGGCCGCCUCAGCUCCCCACUCAUGGACCUGAGGAACCACUAUGGCUACUUCCUGCACCACGUGGUCUACUCCUCUCUGGCCCUGCUGGCCGUGCUCUCCAUCCUGCUGCUGCCCGAGAGCAAGAGGAAGCCGCUGCCCCAGACGCUGGCCGACGGGGAGCAGUACAGACGCCCCCCGCUGGGCAGGAGAAGGAGGGACAACGUGCCACUGCUGGCCACACCUAACCCAGAGACCUAA